ACGCCCAUGAAGGGGUACAGCCUCUGCACCACCAUGUCCUCCACUGUCGCCAAGUUAGGUGCCGCCGUGACUGACUUCUGUCUCCGAUCCAUGUUGAUCCUGAUCGAAGACCUUGUUCGGGACAUAACGAUGGAGGAGACAAAUGGUGGAGCAAUGCAGGUGGACUCUCCUCCCAAGGUGGGGGGAACAGUGGAGCCUCCCCCAAGAGAAGAGCCUAUUCUGGAUCCUGUGAAUGGCAUUGUUCAGCCUCCUUUCUCCCCGCCCCCUCAUAGACCUGGACGUAUCACAAAUCAACUUCAAUAUAUACAGAAACAAGUCAUGAAAACUGUUUGGAAACAUCAGUUUGCAUGGCCAUUCCAUCAGCCAGUUGAUGCUGUGAAGCUCAAUUUACCAGACUACCACAAAAUAAUUAAACAUCCUAUGGAUUUGGGCACGAUCAAAAAGCGGCUUGAAAAUAAAUAUUACUGGAGUGCCAAAGAGUGUAUACAGGACUUCAACACUAUGUUUACUAAUUGCUAUGUGUAUAAUAAGCCUGGUGAAGAUGUAGUGUUAAUGGCACAGACCUUAGAAAAAAUAUUUUUAACUAAAGUGGCAGCUAUGCCCAAGGAUGAAAUUGAGGUAGAAGAUGCGACAAACAAAGGUGGGAAGGGUCGAAAGGGCCGGACACCAGCAGUGCCUGGAGCCAAGCCACCUAGGCCUCCCGCUCCGGCAUCUGCCCCUUCUGUGACUGCUCCGGCUCCAGCCCCGGCAGUCACAGCACCACCUGCCAUGAGUGCUGUUAGCGUUGGGAACAUUACCGGCACUAGCUCACCAGCCCUCUCCAAUUCUCUCACCUCGCCACCCACAGCAACUACCAUGGGGUCAUCUCAGCUGCCACUGCCAAUCAGUGCCACCACUCCUGCAACUCAAACUACUGUGCUGGGCUCCACUGCUCAGCCCACCGUCCCAGCACCAGCACCCACUAACUCUUAUCCACCUGUGUCACUAGGAGGAUCAAUCCAAGGCUACCCCCCUCAUCCCACACCAGCCCCCAGUCAUCCUACCCCCACUACCAUAGAUGGUUGGAACCAGAAUGAUGCUCAGAAAGGUGUAAAGAGGAAAGCAGAUGCCAUGGCUCCAAUGAUUGGUAACUCAAACUUUGAAUCAUUUUCACCUGGGGAAAAGAUAGGCAAGAUAUCUUCUCGGAGAGAGUCAGGCAGACAGAUAAAGAAAGUCAACAAGGAUUUACCAGAUUCUCAGGUAACCUUGAUGGAAACUACUCAGCCACAGCACAGUACGAAACCAAAGGGAAAGGUUUCAGAGUCUUUUAAAAAUUGCAACGAAAUUCUCAAAGAACUAUUUUCAAAAAAACAUUCGGGAUAUGCGUGGCCCUUCUAUAAGCCAGUGGAUGCUGAUCUCUUAGGGUUGUCAGACUACCAUGAGAUCAUCAAACAUCCAAUGGAUUUAGGCUCGGUUAAGACUAAAAUGGAUAACAGAGAGUACAAGAAUGGUGCAGAGUUUGCUGGUGAUGUUAGAACAAUAUUUACAAAUUGCUACAAGUAUAAUCCCCCUGACCAUGAUGUAGUAGCCAUGGCAAGAAAGUUACAAGAUGUCUUUGAAAUGAGAUAUGCCAAAGUGCCAGAAGAUGAACCCUUCGAAAUUCAACCAGCAACAGAUUCCGAAGAGUCAAGGAAAUUAGUUCAGUUACAGGAGCAGCUACGGCAGGUGCAAGAACAGAUGAAGUUGCUGGUUGAAGAAUCUUUAAGAAGAGGGAAAGAAAAGAAGAAAAAGACCAAAAAGAAAAGUAAAGACCGUGAGAAGAUGUUGUCAGAGUUACCCAACGUUCCAAACACAGUUGCCCCCACUGUGAACCAAAAUGCCCCAACGGCAGCAGCUGUCACAACAGCGACAGCUGCUGUUCCUCCUGCAGCGCCCCCACCUGGCCCAGUUCCUCCUAAACCUAAGAAGAACAAAACUAGUAAUAAUAAGCAGAAGAGACAACGGUCCAAUCCUAGUAAAUCAAAGAAGAAGGCAGCAGGUGGUGCACCAGGCAUGGUGUUCGAUUCUGAGGAUGAGGACAAUGCCAAGCCCAUGUCUUAUGAUGAGAAGAGGCAACUUAGCUUAGAUAUUAAUAAACUACCUGGCGACAAGUUGGGGCGAGUGGUGCACAUAAUCCAGACGAGAGAACCUUCUCUGAGAGACUCGAAUCCAGAUGAGAUUGAAAUAGACUUUGAAACCUUAAAACCCUCUACCCUGAGAGAACUAGAAGCGUAUGUUGCAUCAUGUCUCAGGAAAAAACCAAGAAAGCCUUAUGCUCGACAAGAUAAGAAAAGUGUUGUGUCAAAAACAAAGGAGGAAUCUAUGGCUGAGAAAAAACAAGAACUUGAAAAGCGAUUACAAGAUGUAACUGGCCAAUUAGGUACUCCAGCUGCUAAGAAGACACCCAAAAAAGAAGAGAACAAGAGUAUGGAUGCAGUUGGUGGGGGCACAUCCCGCUUAACAGAAUCCAGCGAUUCCUCUGACUCGGAAGCAGAAAGUCGUAAAUCCAAGAAACCCAGGUUAGAAAACUCUUCUCAGUCCAAGGCGGAAGCAAAGGAGAGAGCCGCAAGUCCCACCAGCAACCGCAGUCCAACGUCGCGACAACAAACAUCCUGCAGAGUCUGUCCAGCCAGCCAUAAUGUCGGAAGACAUAAAGGUUGAUGAUGUGGAAAAGUCAGAGCUGAAAAAUAUUUUAAUUAGCAAUAGUGUUCCUAAAUCCCAGCCCCAGCAAAAUAAGCAGCAGCAAAUACAACAACAAAAACAAUACUUACAAGAACAACAAAAGCAGUUGCAAGAACAGAAGCAACUUUUAGAACAGCAAAAACUU